UCUUUGCUUACACGUUUAUUUUUCCCUGUUUCUUUUUCAAAUAUUUUUAUUAUUUAUUGAAACUUUUUGUUCAACAUGGUUUGGCCAUAAUCACCUCCUCUCUCCUCUUCCCCCUCUCCCUCUUUUCCUUCCUCUUCUUUCCCUCUCUGUGAGACAGAAGAUGGAAUCCAGCCUUGGAACUUUUACCGCGUCACUAAACCCGUCUGUAGGGACGUUGGCUUUUCCUGCACUCGAAAUAACGUUCCCCUCACAGGUUAGAGUGGCAGCUCCUUACAGACAGAGUAAGUCACCUGAGACCAGGGAGUACACAGGUGCCUCAAAAUACAUGCGCAGUAUCUACGGAGCUGCUUCCGAUAAGCCAUGGGCCAGGUCCAGAAUAAAAAGCCAGAUGCCAAGAAGGAUGACAAGCACAACCAGGAAACUGAAGGAUUAAAAAAAAUAGACACAUAUCUGAGAACAAUUCCAACUGUCACGAAGAAGUUUAAAGGUCGCCCCCAAAAGAAAAGGUCUCCUACAAGUGCCGAACUGUUAUUAGAUCCAAAAUACAGUGCUUCCAAGGAGGGGCCAUUCGGUUUGGGCCCUCUAGUUUUCCCUUGUUUACAGCGUUUCAACAACAUUGAUUGCUUUAUGAUUUUUUUCAUUGCAUCGGUCUUAAUUCAUGGUGCUUUAUUUGCUUUGGCUGAUAUGAUUUUAAACUUAUAUCACAGUCUACUUACUCUGUCAAAGAGGGAGUUGUAUUUCAUGGAUUUCAGUGGUUAUAUUGUAUCUUCCUUGGUAGCAAUAUUUGUAGCACACUUUGGAGGUAAAGGGAACAGGACAAAAUGGAUUGCAGCCGCCUGCAUUUUAAUGGCAUUUGGAUCAAUUUUACUUGGUUUUCCUUUCUCUAAAUAUGAAAUUAUGAAGUCAGGGGGACAAAGAGUAGAGUUGUGUGUAGAAGAAAAUAAAAGGAGAAAUAUACAUUGUGUUACAAACAGUAAUCCGGACAGAACAAAAUGUAUCUGUUUCUUCAUCAUUGGGCAGUGUCUGAAUGGAAUUGCAGGGAUGCCAAUUUAUAUUCUUGGCAAGACCUUCAUUUUUGACCAUGUUCCCACAAGAUCAGCCGGCUUCUAUCUGGCUCUUGGACACUCUGCACAUCUGAUGGGAUACUUUCUGGGUAUUUUUGGAGGAAUGAAGAAUUUGAGUCCACCACCCAAAGAAAAAUUAAGUGCAGUUGACUCUGCUAAGAUACAUCUACUGUUGCAGUUUGGGUGGUGGAAAACUUUUUUGUUCGUUGCUGCAAUCUCGUUUUCUGUAUUUUUAGUAUUGUUAUGCUUUCCAACUAGUUUACCCGGUGCACACAAGUUAAAACUUGCGAAAAGAAAGGAACCUCCUACCUUUGACAAGAGACUGAAAGAUCAGAAAAUUCAACCUCGUUUCAAGGGUUUUGUUUUUGCCAUUUGGUACAUGUUGAGGAACCCGCUGCUGAUGACCCAGGCGAUGUGCAAAGUUUCAGAGAGUUUUGCUUUCCAUACAUCUUUAGAGUUUCUGCCUUACCACUUGCAGACUCAGUUUUCAAUAACUCCCCAGAUUGCUUCUAUGCUCACAGGACUAUUUGUAAUUCCAGGAGGUGUAAUUGGCCAUUUUCUUGGAGGUUUAAUUGUUGACAGAUUGGAAAUGACUAAUAAGAACAAGUUGAAAUUUUCAUUAGUGACAUCUGUUGUAUCAGUUGCACUUUUCCUAUUAAUCUUUUUUGUAGAGUGUGAAACAACAAAAUUUGCUGGAAUCAAUGAAGACUAUGAUGGCUUAGGCAAACUUGGAAACCUUACAGCUGGAUGCAAUUAUCACUGCGCUUGCACAACUUCCCUAUAUAGUUCUGUGUGUGGAAGAGAUGAAAAAGAGUAUUUCUCUCCAUGCUUUGCAGGAUGCUCUGCUACGAAAGUACAACAGAAUGAAAAGCUUUCCUCAGAGGCAGUCUUAGCUUUUAUGGAUCACUCAUUCUUUAAGAGGGGAACCCUUUUCCUCAAGGCCAACAAAAGAGAAUCUUAAGUUGCCCGCUUUGAAUAUCUGGUGUCAGGAAAUGCCUGGUAGAGUUUGAAGCUGACUAGUCAGGUAAGGCUUACCUAGAGUAGUCUUUUUUCCCCAUCAUACUUGAAAUGCACUAACAGUCAUGGAAUCUUUGCCCUAGGUAUUAUGAAGUUAGCUGAUAGAAGGAAUCAUCGUAGCCAUCUUGAAUUUCUUCCUAGUCACAGAUGGGAGGGGACUUCUACACUAUGCCAUAUCUUUUAAUAUUUCCUAUAUGUUUUCAACUCUUUUCCUUUAAAAAAAAAUAGGAUCGUUUCUCACAGAAUAAAUCCUGCUCAGUUUCCUUUACCUACACUCCUCCCAGUUCCCCUCAUUUCAGCACUCCCCCAGAUCCAAUCCCAUUCUGUUUCCUCUUUAGAAAAGAGCAGACCUCUAAGAGACAACACUCAAAUGGGACAAAACAAGAUAUAACAAAACUAGGCGAAACCCUUCAUAUUCAAUCUGUACACGGAAAACCAAGAGUAGGAAAAGAGUACCUCGAGCAGGUAAAACAGUUGGAGGUACACCCCUUCCAUUGUUAUGAGUCCCACAAAAACAGGAAGCCUGCUAGGCCACAAAAUAAACACAGAGGACCUGGUGCAGACCCUUGCAGACCCUGCUUUCUACUUUAGUCUCUUUGAAAUCAUGCGAGCUCUGCAUAGUUGACUCAGUGGACCAGGUUCUCCUGCUAUCUUCCACCCAUCAGACUCCUGCAAUUUAAUCUCUCCCUCUACUGCAGGGUUUCCCUAUAUCCCAGUGGAGGGACCUAAUGAGUUCUCCAAUUUAGCCUCUGUCUUUCACAGAAUAUCUAGCUGUGGUUCUCUGCACUACUGAUGGAGGGGGCCUCUCUGAUGACAACUAGAGAUGGCUCUAAUCUAUGAGUAUAGCAGAAUAUCAUUAGCAAUUGUUGUUGUGGUUGUUGUUGUUGUUGUUUUAGUUGUUGUUGUCAGUCGUGUUUGGUUCUGGUCUAGGUCACCGGGCUAUCCAGUGUCCAGGUCUUGGAUAUUCAGGCAGUGUAAGUCAUGGGCUUCCUCUACUGGCGUGGGCCUCCAGUUAAACCAAACAUUGGUGGAUUACUACUACUCCAAGUUCUGCACCAUCAUUGCCCCAGCACAUCUGGCUGGCAGGAUUGUAGGUUGGGAGUUUUGUGGCUGGGUUGUGUCCCAGUUUUGUUUUUCAGAGGUUGACAGAAUAUCAUCUUGUACAAAAAGAAACAGAGUCAUGGUUCUUAGUCUUGCCCAUGCAAGACUCUAUAAUAUAAUAUAUAACGCAAGAACUCUAUAAUACACUUCCUCAUGUUAUGCUCAACCUAAGCCAAAAAUUAUUUCCUUUGUACUUCAUGACUAUAAUUUUUCUACUGAUAUAAAUAAUAAUGUAAAUUCUGGUACGUGAUAUAGCUGCUAUGUAACUCAUAUAUAGGUCAAUCACCUUGAAAGGGACUAUGACCCACACGUUGAGAAAUUCUAGACUAGAGGUAAGGGGUGAAUCUCAGUGCAGGCCCUUUGCAUUCAAAGAGCCAAAGAGCCGUGUGGGUGUUUUUCUUUAGCAAUGGACCAUACUUUUGGUUUUCACAGAGUGGCCUUUUGUCCCAGCAUUAACUUGUGCUGUUUGGGAUUAAAAUGGAACUCCCUCAGCCAACAACUCAAAGGAAUGCAACCCAGUCUCAGCACAAGAAUGCUUGCUUACCUGACCACAGGCCAGGUCAACCUUCGUAACUCCCAUUACCAGGAGUCCUCACUAGGUUCACCCUCACAGAUUUCCAGAAUUUUCUACUGCAGUAGGUUUCCACAACAUGCCCCCGCAAGUGUGCCCCAAUACCAGCAGUCUCUCCCCCAUGCUCUUUCUUUCCACUCUCAGCCCCAUCUGAUUCCUCCUGCUCCUUUCUUCACCUGCAUUCAGUCUAAACACAAAAUUUAUUUUUCCUUCUCAAGGAGGGCAGUGCAUCUAUCUACCCUAGAUUCUUCCUUUUUACCUAACCUCUCUGAGUCUGUGAAUUGUAGUUUGAUUAUCAUUUACUUAACAGCUUAUAUACACUUAUAAAUUAACAAGUAUCCUAUUUGUCUUUUCUAGUAUGGAUUACCUUACUCAGGAUGAUUUUGUUUUUAGUUCUAUUCAUUUGCCAAAAAAAUUUCAUGAUGUCACUUUUUUAACAGCUAAGUAACACCCCAUUAUGUAAACACACCACAUAUUCUAUAUUCUGUCAAGUUACAUCUAGGUUAGUUGAAAUUUCAUGGUGGUAAGGAUGUGGAACAAGAGGACCUCUGCAACAUGGAUUGUGGGAAUAAAAAUGUGUACAGUCACAGUAGAAAUCAUCAUGGAAGUUGCACAAAAAAUUGGGUAUCAACCUAACUUAAGACACAGCUAUAACAUGUUUACCACCAUGACUGUCACUUAUGCUGUUUACCUUAGCCACCUAACAGGUUUAAGAUAAUAUGCCAAGAGUUGUUUUGAUUUGCUUUUCCCUGACGGCUAAAGAUGGCAACCAUUUCAUUAAGUGUAUCUCAGCCAUUUGCAAUUCUUUUGUUGAAAAUUCUGUUUACAACUGUACUUCCUAUUCAAUUGGAGUAUUUGGAGUUUUGAUAGCUAAUUUCUUGAGUUCAUAGAUUUUGAAUGCUAGACCACCAUUGGAUAUGGAGUUCAUCAAAAUCUCCUCCUAUUCUGUAGACUGCCUCUUUUUCCAGUUGAUGGUUUCCUUUGCCUCACAGAAAACUUUCAUUUACGUGUGGUCCUAUUUAGUAACUGAUGAUAUUAGGGCUGCACUGUGUUCUAUUCAGAAAGUUGUCUCCUAUGUCAAUGCCCUUUCUAUUUUAUCAGAUGUACUGUAUCUUCUUUUAUGUUGGGGUCUCUGAUCCACUUGGACUUGACUUUUAUGCAGGGUGAUAAAUAUGGGCCUACUGGCUGACAUUCUUCUACCUGCAGGUGUCCAGUUUGAGCAGCACUGUUUGUUGAUGACGCUUUCAUUUUUCAGUGUGCAUUUCUGGCUUUAUUAUUAAAAAUCAGGUGUCCAUAGUUAUAUGAUUGUAUGCCUGGGUCUUCAAUUUGAUUCCAUUGACCAACAUAUCUUUUCUAUGCUAAUACCAUACACUUGUCAUUUCUAAACCUGUGUGGUGCAACUUGAAAUUGGGGCGGGGCGAUAAGUCCAGCAGUUUUUUUUUUUUUUUUUAUUUCUUUUAUUUUUCAGGACUGUUUAGCUAUCCUGGGUUGUUGUGUUUACAUAUGAAUUUGAGAAUUGUUCUUUCAAUUUCAGUAAAUAAUUCUGUUGGGGAUUGCAUUGAAUAUACAUUUUGGUAGAAUUGUCAUUUUUAUAAUGGAAACCUACCAACCCAUGAACAUGGAAAAAUUUGUCUAUCCUCUGAUGUUUACUUCAGUUUCUUUCUUCAAAGAUUUGAAAUUAUUACCAUGCGAGCCUUUCACUGACUUGGCUAGAGUUACAACAGAACAUUUUAUAGUAUUCAUGGCCACUGUAAGGCAUUGUUUCCCUGACUUCUUUCUUGCCUCAUUUGUCAUGUGGGUAUGGGAACACUACUGAUUUCUGUGAGUUAAUUUUGUAUCUAGCUACUUUUCUGAAAGUGUUUAUCCACUGUAAAUGUUUUCUCGUGGAAUGUUUCAGGUCACUGAGAGCACUGUCAUCUGUAAAUAAAUAUACUUUGACCUCUUCCUUUCUAAUUUGUAAUUCCUUGGUCUUUUUCCAUGUAUUAUUGCUGUAGGUAAGACCUCAAGUCCUCUACUGAACAGAUAUGGAAACUGUGGACAACCUUAUCUUGUUCCUGACGUUAGUGAAACAGCUUUGGGUUUCCCUCCAUUUAGUUUGAUGUUGUCUAUAAGCUUAUUUUUAAUUGCCUUUGUUAUGUUUAGUUAUGUUCUUUUCAUCCUUCAUUUCUCCAGAUCUUUUAUUAUGAAGGGUGUUAGAUUCUGUCAGUGUUUUAAGCAUAUAAUGCAAUGAUAUUGUGUCAUUUUCUCUUUCAUUUUCUUUGUAUAGUUGAUUACAUUAGCUACUUUAUGUCUCCCUGGGAUGAAGCCUAGUAGAUCAUGAAAGAUGAUCAUUUUAAUCUGUUCUUGGAUUUUGUUUGCAAGUUCUGUAUUGACUAUGUUUAUGUCUAUUUUCACUAGAAAAAUUGGUACUGAACCUAAUUUUCUUUCCUUCUUGACUCAUUUUUGUUUGUUUCGUUUUGUUUUCUUAGUAUCAGAGUAACUCUGGCCCCAUAAAAUUAAUUGGCCAAUGUUGCUUAUAUUUCUAUUUUGUGAAAUAAUUUAAGGAUUAUGUUUUUAACUCUUUUUUGAAAGUCUGGAACACUAGAUCGAUCUGUAUAUAUUUAUUUUUAUUUAUUUUUUAGUUGGGAGACUCUUAAUGACUGGUAUAGUUUACUAGGGGUUAUGUGGUUUAUAGUUCAUAUUAGUAUGUGCUGUGUGUGUGUGUGUGUUUGUGUGUGUGUGUGUGUGUGUGUGUGUGUCUGUGUGUCUGUGGGUUUCUGCUUCCCCAGUUCUGUAUUCUCUCACUCUUUCUAUUAUGCUUAGUAAAAAUCAACUCUGUUCAUGAUUGUACACAAAAGUAUUAACAUGAUUGCAGAAUCUUUCAUAGUCUUGUUAUUGUCCAUAUUUCAAAUUUCAGAUAAAAUUAAUUAAUAAAAUGAAUAAUUAUAUUACCUUUAUAAUGACUUUAAUUAAAAUGGAUGUCCAAUGAAUAUAAAACUAAAAUAAGUUGACUACUAUUCCUCAAGCUUGUAAAAGUCUUCCUUAUUUAUAAUUAUAUAUCCACACGCAUCUAGAUAAACAGUAAUUUACCAACAGGUAAAAUAUGUCAGAUUUUCCUAAUAAUUUUGCAUUUAUAAAUAAUGUAUGGCAGGUUUAGCAUGAGAAUAUUUAUUAAAAUUAGGCAUUCUAAGCUGGGUGUGAAGGCAUAUUCCUUAGUUCCAGUACUGUGGAUACAGAAUCAGACAGACUUACGUGAGUUCAAGGCUACAUGGUGAAGCCUUCAUAAAGAAAUGCUGAGAAUAAAAAACAAAUAAACAAACAAACAAAGAAAAAACAGAUUACUUCACAAAGAGCACACCGACUGCUUAUCCAAUACCAAAUGGUCAGACACAAACUGUACAUACAAGUAAUAUUACAUAGACUGAGAAACUUGCAUUCAUGUGUGUUUGUGGGUACAAAACAAUGCAUAAAACAAUUAAAGAGGAAGGGGUUACAAAUUUAAAAUAGAGACACAUAGAAGGCUUUAAGAAGAGGAAAGGGAGGGGAAAAUGAGAUUAUAUUUCAAUAUCACCAAAGAUGUUAUAAAAGCAAAAGCAAACAAAAUCCUUGAAAGUCUCUGUUAGAAAAUAAUUUAGUUUUUAUUCUUGUCAUAAUAAGGCUAUUGUCUCCUGAAUCUUCCUGAAAUACUGUUUUGUUUC